UACAGUAUUACUUAUAGAAUAAAAUUAAAAGAAACUUUCAAAAUGUUUAAAAAGAAAAUAUACAAUCGUUACAAUCCUCCAUCACCAUCUAUAUUAAGUGAACCGGAUCAUGCACUUGUAGAUGAUUUAGAAUUUUUUCAUGAUAAAUUACCUCAACCAUUCCGUAGAAUUGAUAAAAUAUUGUGGGAUAUUUUUGAUUCUGCCUGGAAAAUCAUAGAAAUUAGAAAUGAAAAAUUAUAUUGUACAAAAAAGGUUUUACCAAAUAUUGUAUAUGAAGAAGAGCUGCUGAUAAAAGAAAAAAUAGUUUGUAUUAUAUCAGCAAAUAAUAGUUUAUUCUGUGGAUGUAAUGAUGGAAUUAUUGCAUAUAAACUUCCAAGUUUAGAAAAAUAUAGUAAAUUUAUUGUAAGCAGACCUUAUCUAAAGAACCUGUAUCUAAUUGAUGAUUCAUAUGAUAAAAUCUUGAUGUUAGUUGUGUAUGAAACAGGUCCAGUUGAAAUUGUUGGGUUUUUAAAUGGUUUUUUUUGCUGUUUGAGCCAAACAUUUGAGGGUGAGUUGAUGAAUAAACUUGUGAGUGUUGAAGUAUCUAAAGAUUACUUUUCAGUUUGUUGGAAAGAUGAACAAGAAAAUCAUUGGUUAAGCAUUUACAUACUCCAAAUUAAUAAUUGGCAAUCAGUUAUUGCAUCACAAGAAAAAAAUGAUGAACAGUUUGGAUCACUUAAUGCAAUAAUAAAGAUCAAACCAAUUUCUAUACAAACAACCCAACACAAUAGUCUAUCAUCAGCGUGUAAAGCUAUUGAAUCAGUUUCUUUCAGUUUAGGAACAGGAGUAAAUCAUUAUCUCACAGCAAAUUUUUUUAAAAGUCUUAUACUUGAUGAGAAAGAAGAAAACACAAUAAACCUUACGACCUCUGCUACUGUUCAUUUUUUAAAAGGACCAACAAAAAGGCCAUUCUUUUCUUCAUUGUACCAAGAUUGUGAUUCUAUAUUGCUAUGGUGGAAGAACAGUAAUUUACUUCUUUUUUAUGAUAUUAAAAAAAAUGCCCUGAGCACAGAAACAGAUCCUGUAUUUUCACUUCCUCAAGGAGACAACAUUUUAGUUACUUCAGUAAAUGCACAAACUGAUCUUAUUGCUAUUGGACUCAUGAACAGAACAAUAUGUAUUUGGAAUCGUUAUAAAGGAGAAUUGAUCAGAUUUUUAUCGGUACAUCACUCUGUUUCAAAAAUGAUGUUUACUUUACAUAAUCAGUUAUAUUAUAUUUUACAAAAUAACCAAAUAUGGCAAAUUAAUGAUUAUAAACAAAAUCCUGUCUGUGUUGAGGAUAGAAGCAGUGAGUUUGCAGAACAAGAUUUCAAUGGAAGUAUUUUAACAGGACCAAAAAAUCUGCUAGCUGUAACUUGGGCUUCUGGUGAAGUGAUCUUACAUGAUUUAAUGACUGCUUCUAUAGUAUGCCAACUGGAGUUUUACAAUAAAAAGCAAUCAAGUAACCUUGUGGCUUUUUCUAGGGAUCAUAUUAUCACUGUUACAAGAGAAGAAAGUUUGGAUAAAAAUAAUUCCGCACGAAUUUUUUUGUUUCAUCCAAAAGAUAAUACAAUAUUAAAAGAGUAUUUUGAACUAUCUAAUAAAUCAAGCAGUUUGGAUUCAAGUUCUUCAGAAAAAGAUCUUAAUAAAUUUCUGCAAAAUAUAAUUCCUUAUGAAGGGAGUUUGUUUUUUCAUCUAAAUAACUUAAUUGGUUCUCAACAUGGUCGUGUCGUGUAAUUAUUAACAGUAUUACGAAACGAUUGGAGUGAUGGUAUUUAUAAAAACUGUUUAUAAAGUGUUUUUAAAGAAAAAUAAUUUUAAAAAAAUGUUCAAAUUCUAUAUGUUAAUAAUAAAAAUAAUUUAUUGUGAUUUUUAUACGAAAUAAACGUAAAU